UUUCGGUAUGACGUCUUCAGGAGUAACAACAGGAAGAGUGCAUCUUAUCUUUGCUAUGUAAAAACAAACUCUUCAAGUGUGUGGAUGUAUUGAAGUGGGAAUGGCGUGCACUCUUGAAAAAGUUUUGGCAGACGCCAAAUCCCUGGUGGAGCGUCUUCGGGACCAUGAUAAUGCGGCAGAGGUGUUAAUAGAACAGACAACAUCUCUGAACAAAAGGGUAGAGGCCAUGAAACAGUAUCAGGAAGAGAUCGAAGCCCUAAAUCUAGUGGCUAGGCAUCGGCCUCGCUCCACUCUAGUGAUGGGCAUACAGCAGGAAAACAGGCAAAUCAGGGAACUGCAGCAAGAAAACAAAGAGUUGCGUACGUCUCUGGAGGAGCACCAGUCGGCUCUGGAGUUGAUCAUGAGUAAGUACCGGGAGCAGGUGUUCAGGCUGCUGAUGGCCAGCAAGAAAGAGGACCCGGCCAUCGUCACCCAGAUCAAGGAGCAGCACACCAGCGAGAUGCAGGCGCACAUAGACAAGAUCAAUGAGAUGGCGAGUGUGAUGCGCAAAGCCAUCGAGGUCGAUGAGGGAAGACUAUGUGAAGACGAGGAGAGGAUAAAACAGCUGGAGCUGGAGAACGAGGGCCUGCGUGAGCUGCUGGGCAUCAGCCGCGAGGCCUUCCAGGGACUCAAGAGGGAGGAGACGCCGCAAGGGGACGGUGCGCUUCUGUCACCGCUGGUCACCAGUGCCGAUCUCAGCCUGAGGAAGAGCUAAAGACACGCCACCCAGGCACACCCACCCACCCACACCAGUCACCCAAGACACACCACCCACCCACCCCCACCGAGGAUGCUGGGACACUGGGGGAACCGCUGGGCGCUUCCCCCCUCCCUCUCCCUCUCCCUUCCUCCUCCUGGCCUCCUCUUGUUGCACCCCCUACCACCUGCCUCCUCCCCUACCUCCCCUUUUACAAAGACACUUUAUCAUAGGGGCAGCGAGUGCAUUUCCGCACUGGUAUAUAUAUAUAUAAAAAAAAGAACUCCUCCAGUCCAAGCCAGACCAGUAACAGUUCAGUCCUGCGAAAGGGAACUGGGGAGACUGGACCGCUUGUCUUCAUCCACACAAAGCCGCACCACAUCAACUUGCACAAUGCCAUGACAGAUGUCAACCAGCCAGCCAGCCAGCCAGCCUCCAGUUACAAAUAUGUCACCCGCCCCCCUCUCUCUCUCUCCUUUCCUCCCCUCCCCUCCCUCUCUCCUUUCCUCUCCUCCCCGCACUCUCUCCUUUCCUCUCCUCCCCGCACUCUCUUCUUUCCUCUCCUCCCCUCCCUCUCUUCUUUCCUCUCCUCCCCUCCCUCUCUCCUAUCCUUUCCUCCCUCCCCUCUCUCUAUCCUUUCCUUCCUCUUCACGCACAGUUCUCUUGCUCCUUCCAUCCCUUCCCCUCCCGUUCUUGCAUUCCUACUUCUGCUGUAUCGUAUGCAAGUAUCGGAAGGACUCGCUGGGGAGCUUGAAUUUCCGAUCUGCCUUGCCUAACGUGUUGGAGAGGGGAGGAUGGCUCGAGCCGAAUGUGGGCACGGGUUACUGAUCCCAAAGAAGAAAAAAAAAACAAGAAAAGAAAAAAACAAAGCUCAGUAAGAAUGUGACGCAAAGCACACCACAGGAUAUAUAUCUAUCUAUCCGUCAAUCAAUCAUUCACGCACCGCACGCACACAUUACACACACAUCCCUCGUGCAAGUGUCAGGCCUUAAACGAAAAUAAAUAUAUAUAUAAGUAUAUAUACUUUGCAAGAUUGUGAUUGUGGAGGCUAGUGUGUGGACACCACAGCACUGCAUGGACACUGUAGCCUCUCCGCCUCCUCCACUGCAAAAGCAUCCAUCUUAUGGAGCAAAAAAGAUUUGAUGAACAAUGGAUGGGUUACACUGUACGUGUGCAUCAUGCGUGCUGUAUUUCUGUUGAUAUGGGGCUCACCGAACAAAAAUGCACAGCAGACAACAUUGAUUUUUGUUGGGUUUUUUUGUUUCUUUGUUUGCUUUUGCUAAUUGUCAGGCAUGAUGCCUGUUUUUUUGUUUUGUUUGUGGUGAAAUGUAUGAGUUAUGUGAGUGAGUGAAAUUCUUGUUUGUCAAUAAAGCCUUGAAGGAUGAUGUUA